CGUGGAGCUGUAGCUAGUACAGCAACACGUGAUUGAACGCGGAAGCGGAAACAGAGCAGCGAGUCGCCAACAGCUGAGCAGCAGCCAACUACAGUAGAGCUAGCAGUCAGCUAAUCCAGCUAACCAGCUAGCUACUGGCACUAUGAUGGCGGAGCUGGUGCAGGGACAGGCCUCGAUGAGCCAGCCGGGGCUGAAGUCAGACGGCUUGGCCGAUGCUUUACAGAGGGCCCGGCAGAUGGCUGUGGUCAAGAUGGGCAGCGAACCCAUGUCCCAUCUCAACAGCUCCUCUGCGAGUGUGGAAGCUUCUCUCUACUACCCAGGACAGAAACGACCUGGAGAAGAUGGAGUAGGUAACCAGCUUCAAGCGAUGGGGCAUCAAAGGGUCAUAACGGAAGACUACAGGGUUCCUGACAGGAUGGUCGGUUUCAUCAUCGGCCGCGGGGGCGAGCAGAUCACCAGGAUCCAGCUGGAGUCGGGGUGUAAGAUCCAGAUAGCUGCUGGUGAGGCUUUUCUAACAAUAGACAGUGGAGGCCUGAUGGAGCGGCCGUGCUCUUUGACGGGGACUCCAGAGAGCAUUGAGCAAGCCAAGAGAAUGCUUGCUCAGAUUGUGGACCGCUGUCGGAACGGGCCGGGUUUCCACGGCGACGGCGAGGGUGGGGGCUCUGUGCAGGAGAUGCUCAUUCCAGCCAGUAAGGUGGGCCUGGUGAUUGGCCGGGGCGGAGACACCAUCAAACAGCUCCAGGAGCGGGCAGGGGUGAAGAUGAUGAUGAUACAGGACGGACCCAUGCCCACCGGUGCUGACAAACCGCUGCGCAUCUCUGGGGACCCCUACAAAGUUCAGGCAGCCCGGGAGCUGGUCCUGGAGGUGAUCCGCGAUAAGGACCAGGGGGAUUUCAGGUCUGGACGCAAUGACUUCACUGCUCGCCUGGGAGGCGCCACUCUGGACGUGGCAGUGCCCAGGUUUGCUGUUGGUAUUGUCAUCGGCAGGAACGGAGAGAUGAUUAAGAAGAUCCAGAAUGAUGCCGGAGUCAGAAUCCAGUUCAAAGCAGAUGAUGGUAUCAGCCCGGAGCGGGUCGCCAUGGUGAUGGGUCAGCCCGACCGCUGUCAGCAUGCAGUUCACCUCAUCAAUGACCUCAUUCAGACUGCACAGGAGCGUGAUGGAUUUGGAUCUGCCAUGCGUACCAGCAGGGUCAGAGGUCGUAGUGACUGGACUGUGGGUUCACCAGGACCACUUCAGGAAGUUACCUACACCAUCCCUGCUGACAAGUGUGGCCUUGUCAUUGGAAAAGGUGGAGAGACCAUCAAGAGCAUCAACCAGCAGUCUGGAGCCCACGUGGAGCUCCAGAGGAACCCGCCCCCCUCCACUGACCCCAACACCCGCGUCUUCACUAUCCGGGGCACCCCCCAGCAGAUGGACCUGGCCCGGCAGCUCAUCGACGACAAGAUCGGGGGUUCUGGCAUUCUGAGUAAUGGGGGCUUUGGCUUCAGCCCGUUCACCCAGGGCCCUGCAGCAACACACCACAAUUGUGGUAGUGGUCAGACCUUUGUGACCGGCGGCUGGGGAACCGCCUAUCAGACCAGCUGGCAGAACACCGGACAACAGGACCCUGGUCAACAGACUCAGACUCAGAAUGUGCUGACAGACUACACCAAGGCCUGGGAGGACUACUACAAGAAACAAAAUCAGUCGUCCCAGCAGACUACUGUACCAGACUACAGCGCAGCGCUAGCAGAGUACUACAGACAGCAGGGUCCAUAUAUCUGGCCCCAGUCCCAACCCCAGAUUCAGGACCAUUAAAGGCUUCUCCCACCGGCUAAGGUUUUUGAUGGUUGUCCUCGGCAACAGAAUUGGAGUUUCUAAGCAACGCUCUGCCGCUUCCUUCUUCCUUUUGUAGAGACAAACUAAGGAUUAACUGCAAAUCAAGAACUCUUUCUUUCUGUUUUUUAACCAUAAAGUUGAUAUUUUGACGGGCAGAUUUUUGGCCUCCAGUCUCCACAGUAUAGAGCUGUUUUUCUUUGUUUUAUAUCAAACUUGAACUUAAAGAUGUAUCAGUGUGGCUUUGAACAAAAUCCAGUAUAAUCUAUAUUUUGUCUAGUUUUAUUUUCCAAUACAAUGGUAUGAGGCUUGGCAGUCUUGAGGAGGAUCAUGUUCUUAUUUUUGUGAAAGAUGUUUUAAAGCAUGCGUCAGAUGUGUGAUGUGUUUUUCUUUUUUUUUUAUUUGUUGGUAGAUUCCUUUUAAUGGCGUCGGCUGGUUUUGUUUUUCUACUAGGUCCCUGUUGGAUGACUGUUAAUCUAAUUUUUACCUGUAGAGUCGCCACCAUGGAGGUGCAAUGCUGUGUUUUGGUUUAAUGCUACAUGUUGUUCCUGUAGGCGCUUGUGAUUUCCUCAGUUUUUAUAAUGUAUUGAUACUGAGCUGUCUGAAGCCGCAUUUGUCUGUUGUCAAACAUGCCCCCCCCCCCCCUCCCCCCCAACACACGCCACCGUUGAUCCCUAGAUGAUGGUACCACAAUUGAGUUGAGACAAAUAAUUUUAUGACGUGAAGUUACCACUGAAACUCGGUGCUGGUUAGCUGGUCGGCGGCUGACUGGUUGCUAGCUGGUGGCUAGAUUAGUGGCCAGCUGGUGACUAGCUUGUUGCUCGCUCGAGGCUAGCUUGUCACUGGCCGGUGGCGGACUGGAUGCAUAUACGGUAGCUUAAUGAUUAGACUUGUUAUUUUUGGGGUCUGACUGGUGUCAGACGGUUUCGCCACAGACACAUGUGUGUCUGACGGAUGAAUGGACUGUUGAGUUAAUUUGAAAUUUUGAAUUGGUGGUUCUGCUCUGUAUGUGUGAUGCUAUUAAUGAUGCUAUUACUUUUCUCCUGUACAAGGGUCUAUUUAAAUCUGUUUAUCCAAUAUGAAUUCAUUUUUGUCAAUAAGAGAAUAUGGUUUAUGUAAAUGUUCACUCUGGCGGGUGCUCUCCAGUUAAAAAAUGGACUUUGUUAUCUAAAUGUUGUUUAAUUCACUUGUGUUUCACCGUUGACAAAGAAGCUAAGUAUGUGUUAUAUUCUCAAGACUGCCUGGCCAACUGUCUCUUUUUCUGUCCUUUCUCUUUCUCUCAAUCUCUCUCUCGCUGUCUCUGGAUACACCCCUGAUUAAGAGGCUAAAUUAGUCAUUUAGUUUAUUCUGAUCACACGAUCAGGGUGUGUGGGUGUGGCCUGCCGAGGUGGGCGUUUCCAUGGCGGGGAGAGCUGUGAUGGGGGGCGGUCUGUCCUCAGAACAAAACCUGAGUGGACGGCGGCAUAAAUAGUGUCUCGUCCCAGCCUCAGGUGUGUGUGGGGGGUGGCGGGCUUGGAUUCUGGCUCGUCUCCCCCCUCCCUUUUUCCUCCCACCACACAACCCUCCCCCCUCUGCCCAGGGGCGGUACCCUGGUUUAAGUUGUUUUUCUAACUGUAUAACCUUGAGAUUUUUCUAGAAGAUUCUAUUGACAGAUAGAGCUGUGUAUGUACUAGAGCCACGGAAAUACUGUUGGCUGAGGAAGAGGGUGACGAUUAACAUGUGGGCUAAUAAACAAGCUCCUCCUUUCUGAUUCAAUGUCCAUCUCCAGAGUUGUUUUUAUUUUUUGUUUUCAUCCGGUCUCGUGCCGUGUUCCGAUUGGUCCACUGGUGCCCUAUAUAGUACACUCGCACAUAAAUCUGGUUCCCCAUUUAGUUUUAACACUUUCUAACAAUAAUGCACCAUACAGAUUCACACUUAUUUCUGCACUAGCGCAUGAUGCAUAGUGAUUUUUCAACGGAUUAAUCCAUCAGGGAUGGCUGGCACAUACAGAUUAUUUAUUUUAUUUAAUCCAACACGUCUGCUUGUUUAUCUGACCAGAACAUGCCAUUCAGAUAGCUGGCUCAUAAUUGGUGUCAAAUUUCUAUGUUAACUUGCACUUUAAGUAGUGUACUAUAUAGGGAAUGAGGAUACAAGUGAGCCAAAUCGAACACGGCCAUGGUUUUGUUGACUUUAUUUCAAUUGUCUGUUUUUGCGUUUUGUCAGUGGAUUAGUGGUCAGUGCUUCCCCUACAUUUACAGUAAUGACUUCGUACAUUUGAUAAUGGAACUUGUUUAACAGGUUUCGCCAACUUCCUUUUGAAACAUGGCAACCACAGCUAGGUGGAUAAAUGCGAUCCUACAAGAUCUUGAGCGCUUCUGUAGGGAGACAAGCUAUUAAAUGAAUGGGUGUAUAAUAGCAUGGGGUAUAUUCACAGCAAUGCUUUUGAUUUAGCAGGUGAACAAAUCACACACACAAACUAGGAACCAACACCUUCCCCUUACAGUAACACUUUUCAUUAGUGUCCUUGUUGCGGUGUAAUAGCACAUGUAAUUAGCCAUGUAAUAUCCUGUAACAGCAUGUACAGUACUUGAUAUGAAAUUACUUUAUGGAACAGCCUAUCCCUACCCUAGUUUAGAAUCGCUUUUUUUUGCUUAUGAAAUUUUAAUUUACGAUAUGCAAGAUUUA